GCCACUACCCAUUCGCAGCCUUUGAAUCAUUCUCAACCGUCUCUAUCGUCCCUCAAUGAACACGUUGUAAACGCUCAGCACACAACCAUUGACUUCCGUGGCCAUGAACCUUCUUGUCAUCCCUCUUCGCCAGGCUCGUCCUAUGGAUCUUGGAAACGAGCUCUCGCAGAUCAUCCAACGGGACUACUUUCAGACCCCCUCCAGCUUUCACGAUGAUCUAGCCACAGUCACUGCCCUCCGCAACAAAGUGGGAGCCAUCACCAACGAAUCAGUGAGCACUUCGGACGUGCUGCUCCUUCAGGAGUACUAUCUGCAUCUUAUUCACCUCAAGAGAAAGUUUCCUCCUGACAGCAUCGAGUUUGCGUGGUAUGGCACGUUAACGUACGGACUCAGUGGCCCAGCCAAGUUGCGGUCAUUCUCCAUAGAGCAAUUGAACGUGUUGUUCCAAUUAGGCAGCUUGUUCUCACAAUUAGCCCUCAAAGAGUCUCGACACACUGACGAAGGCUUGAAGCAAGGCUGCGCAAAGCUCCAACUAGCAGCAGGAUGUUUCCAGAUGAUCUUGCUAGAGCAGGAAGCAGGAAUUCCCGUGCCCAACGACUUUACCCACGAUACUAUCCAGGCGCUAAAGUGGUUGAUGUUGGCCCAGGCCCAAGAGAUGGUGUGGCAGAAAGCAGUCAGCAACGGCAAGAUGAAGGACUCAGUGAUCGCCAAGCUAGCCAUCCAGACGUCAGAAUUCUACAGUGAAGCCUUGAAGUAUGGCAAUGCUUCCGACUACAUCAAACUCGAGUGGAUUAACCAUAUUACUGUCAAAAAAUUCCAUUUUCGGGCUGCCGCUUUCUACAGAGCUUCAAUGGGAUACCAGGAUACUUUUCAGUACGGGGAGCAGGUGUGUUGUUUGCGUGUAGCGUCGGAAAGUGUGUCAUUUGCAUUGAAACUGAAAAAGUACGUUAAUUCGUUCGUGAUUGAAGACUUACAGGGAUUGGUGGAUACCAUCGAAAGAAGCUUGAAAGUUGCAGAGAAAGAUAACGACUUAAUUUACUUGAAAGUGGUGCCAAACGAAAAAGACUUAAAGCCUUUAGUGGGAACCGUUAUAGUCAAACCUAUCGAGCCAAAAUUUGAGGAACCUACAAAACCACUUUUCGAAGACUUGUUACCUUAUAUUGUCAUCCAGGUCUCGCAAGCAUUCAGGGAAAGAAUUGACAAUUACAUUAAGGAGAAGUUUGCCAAUCCAGUAGUCAGUUUGAACAAGAUGAUGAUAGACUUCUUGACCGAGCGCAACUUACCGGCUUCUAUAGAUUCGCUACAGCAGCCAGAGAAUCUUCCAGAACUGAUUAUUAAGCAUUCACAGGAAAUUAUUGGCAUAGGUGGAACAAACGUCAUUGAAGAAUCUAUAACGGAGACAUCGCAGAUAGCUGGCCAAUGUAAGGGCUUGUUGCAGGAAUGCAAGAACAGAAUUCAGUUGGAAGCGCAAGAAGACGAUAUGUUAAGGCUGAGACAGGGAACACAGCGUUGGACCCGUGAAUCCAGUUCGGUAGCAGGGCAAAAACUUUUCCCCAAAGUCGAAAAAAUGGAGCUUUACCUCCAACAGGCAGAAGCUGGAGAUAAGUUGGUGUUAUCCAAGUAUUACGAUCUCAAGCCUUAUUUGGAGAUCUACUGUGGAGGAUACAAGACUUUGGUCGAUUACAUCCCUAGCUCCAAUUACACUCAAUUGGACCAGAAUAUCACCUCGAUCAUUUCUGACAUCAGAGCGGCUGUCAACGAAGCAAGAAACUUGGAGGACUCCAGGAAAGAUUUGUUAAGAAAUGUAGAAUUGAAGACUAAAGAUAAUCCAAUAUUGCCCAAAGUUAUCGAAGAUUAUAAGGUCAACAAGACUCGGAUAUACCAAAAUGAGGGAGUCAUCAGGGAGAGAGAGUUUGAGGGGGUCUUUGAGCUGCAUUUGGGCAUCUACAAUAAAGAGUUGAUGGAGCUCGAGGCCUUGAAGAACAAGCAAAUCUCGUUGGAGAGCGAGAUUGAUAUGCUCAACAAACGUUUCAUCUCCGAGUUUAACAUUAGAGUGAGCGAAUCACAACAAGCACGUGGCGAGAGCUUACAGGUAUUAGAGUCAGUCUACUCGAAGUACUUGGAUAUUAUCUCCAAUUUGAAUGAGGGGAACAAGUUCUAUAAUGACUUCAUUCUGAAGGGCACGGGGGUGUUGAAAGAGUGUGAGGAUUUCUUGUACAAAAGAAGAAUGGAGGGAAGAGAACUUGAGUUGAGUAUCCAACAUGAUCAUUUACCUGCUAGAAUACCGCCGGACGAGGUGUGCCCUAAGAGCCAGGCCCCUCAUGACAUAAGCUUGGCCGAGAAUAGUGCUCCUUCUGCCCCUGGAAAAUGGCAGUGAGGCUUACUAACAUUCAAACCCCAUUCAAUUCUGCUCUAAGGAUACUAAACUGUGAAUGAAGAACAAACCACAAUCUUCCAGCGAAGGGUCUACUAUUCCUUCAAAUGAAAUCAGAAUAGAGAUGCAUUACUUAUGUUUAUCACCAAUGGGGGCCUGAAUAGUAGUUAGCAUUUUUCAGUUGUCGAGUCAAAGUGAUACUGGCUAACACCAAUCAAAUCAACCUUUAUCGGUGACUAUUUGCAGAGCGGACUACAUCUUCAGAUACGCCCCAGGAUAAUCAGAGUUCCAUUUGCUCUUUAUGCUUCGCUGUAAUUCACAGAUUAAUAGUGGAGGCAUAUUAUAUGUCUUUUGAUGUAAUAAAUAGAUUGAAACUUCUAGCAGACCCCAACACAUACUGGCGUGGGAUAUUUAUAGUAAAAAUUACAAUUAACAA